AUGGAUUUUGCCGCCGUGGAGCGGCUCAUCAGAUGCGAGCCACUCCCGCGAGCCCGGGACAUCGUCCAGUCCGUACAGAGAAAGAGCCCUACUUCUGGCACAUACCUGGCCAAUCUCCUGGUCCAGCGGUACGGCCGAUGCGGCGACAUCGAUCAGGCUUUGAAGAUCUUCCACUCGAUCGAGGCCAAGGACUCCUUCUCAUGGAAUCUGAUGCUAGCGGCGUAUGCCCAGAAUGGGAGACUCGAGGAGUCCGAGACCUUCUUCUCGGCAAUGCCACACAAGGAUCUAGUUUCGUGGACGACGAUGCUAUCGGCCUACUCAAGCGAUGGCAAGCUCGACGAUGCGCGGUGGAUCUUCGAUCAGAUGCCACACAGAAGCAUCGCGUCGUGGAACGCGAUGCUUACUGCGUAUGCCGCGUCGGGGCAUCUGGAGGGUGUUAAGUUGUUCUUUGAUUCCAUGCAGAAGACCAACAUGGUUUCGUGGAUCACGCUUCUCAACGCGUACACGAAGCUGGGAUCUUUCGAUGAAGCUAGAGAUAUCUUCAACUCCAUGCCCGAUCGGAGCCUGGCCGCCUGGAACUCGAUCCUCACGGCUGCUGCUCACAAGGGGGAAUUUGCUGAUGCCGAGGAGAUUUUUCUAAGACUGCUGCCAUGCCGGGACAUCAGGUCAUGGAACUCGAUGCUCGGAGCUGUAGCGAAAUCACAAAGUAUUGCAAGAACACAGGACUUUUUUCAUAGCUCAAUGCCGGAGAUGAAUAUAAUGUCAUGGACUACAAUGCUCGCGGCAUUGGCCAACAAUGGGGAUUUCGGUAAGGCUAGCGCUUUUCUUAACUCCAUGCCCGUCUCAAACAUCGUCUCUUGGAACUCCCUUCUUUGCGCUUCCACAAAAGCUGGAGACUACGUAGGAUCAAGUAGAAUAUUCGAUGCAAUGCCAGAGCACCACCUUCCCUCGUGCAAUGCGGUACUCGAAGCAUAUUCCCAGCUCGGGUAUCCUCAUCGUGUUAGACUCUUAUUUGAUUCUAUGCCCGAGCGCGAUAUGGCGACGUGGACAAUAGUAUUAACGGCAUAUUCUCAGCUACGGCAUCUUGCCUUGGUAGAAGAUGUCUUUAACAAUAUGCCUUUUCACGACCUUUUUUCGUGGACAGCUAUGCUCUCAGCAUAUUCACUUAACGGGAAUCUUUCAAAGUGCGAGAAGUUGUUUCUCUCCAUGAAAAACGUUGACUUUGUUUGUGUGAAUGCUAUGGUCACUGCUUAUGCCCGAAACGGACAUCUUGAAGAGUGCAAGUCUCUCUUUGAUAAAACAUCAUCAUCGAACCUUGUGCUACGGAAUUCGAUGCUAUCAGCCUUUUGCAAAGCUGGUUAUAUCAACGAUGCAAAAACUUUGUUUGACUCAAUGCCAGAGAGAGACUUGGUUUCCUGGAAUUCCAUCCUUGAUGUGUAUUGUGAAAAUGGGGAUUUGGAGGAAACAAAGUUCUUGUUUGACCUCAUGCCCGAGAAAUCAAUUGUCUCGUUCAACAUCAUGUUAGCGGCCUAUAGCCAGGGUCAACAGGUGGAUUUGGCGAGGACGUUUUUUGAAACAAUGCCAGAAUGGGAUCUUGUGUCUUGGAGCACAAUGCUUGCAAUGAACACACACAAUGGGCGCUUUUCUGAGACAAUCAAGUGUUUUGGAUCCAUGGCACUUGAAGCUGUAGAGGCAGAUCUAGUCUCCUUCACAUCAGUUCUCCUGGGUUGCAACCAUGCAGGAGAUCUCAAAACAGGGCUCUUGAUAUUUUUAUCCAUGGGAUUUGAUUAUGGUAUAGAGAAUCCGACUAAGCAGCAGUAUGGUUGUGUUAUUGACUUGGUGGCAAGAGCUGGGUAUUUGGAAGUAGCCGAGAGUUUGAUUCUUAGCAUGCCUUUUGUUGCUGAAGUUUCAGAUUGGAUGUGUUUAAUCUCGGCUUGUUGCAACCAUAAUCAAGGUUUUGAGGUUGGUCGUAGGGCUUACAAUAAAGCAGCAGCACUGAAUACAAAGGCAUCUGGGUCAUUUGUGUUGAUGUCAAAUAUUUUCUCGUUACAAUAACUAAUAUUUAAACCCACCAACAAAGACUUU